UUAUUAACAAAAAUCUCAUUAAUUAUAAUUAAUAUCAAAAUCAUAUUAAAAUUCUAAUUAAUAACAACACCAUAUUCUACAAUUAAUCUACUGUCAUGAAAUUGAUCUAAUUAAUCCUAAUUAAACUAAGCUAAACCUAGAACUAAACCUAGACAAAAAAAAAAUAGCAUGCUGGAUCAAAAGAAAGAAGCAGCAUGGACCUAAUAGCAGAUCAGGCCCAAACGCAGGGGGUGAACUUGUGAAGUGGAGUGUAUGAAGCCAAAAUAUGCUUGGGCUUUAGUUGGAUAGACUAAGCCCACGGUGAAUGUUAUGAAGGAACGAAUCUGUCAUCAUCUUCCUCAAGUCUCUAUGCUCAGCGGUUAACAAGAGGAAGAGAAAAGGACGAGGUUCCGACAAAGAACCUAGCCGCGUCGAGUUUCGCCAACGGCGGCGGCGACGCAAAACGGUAAAACAAAUUGCGCCAUCCUCCGCUUCAACCUCUCCUAAACGAAACAAGAAACCAAUCUCUCCACCUAAACGAAAUCGAAUCGCUAACGCGAUUCCUCGACGGAAUGAAACGAGCAAUCAAAUAAAAAAAGAACGAGCUCCGACUUAGCAAUACACUACUGCUCAUGAAUCGACGACACGAUGAGAUGGAGGAUCUUACUGGUGACGGCAACGGUGGAUCGAAGCUCGAGUAGUCGGUCCUUGCACUAGCUGUUCGAUCCUCUUCCCUUUCGCUUUUAUGACGUCUGUUUCGUGAUGAAUCGUAGUGGAGCAAUUUGUUGUGAUGAAUCGAAUUUCAGUGUGCAGGUUGAUGGUUGCACGUCACGAAUCUUCACCGUGAUUUCGAUGUGCGUUGCUGAGGAUGACGCUCUGAUGAACUGCGUUGGAGAUGAAUGAAGUGUGUUGUGGAAUGGUAUCGAAUCUUGCAGAGGUUAUGAAUUGGAGUUUGAUCAUGAUUCUACAGAAUUGUCGGUGUGAGGUGCGGGAAGCGGAAGAAGGCGGUGCGGUUAAGCUUCUGAGCGAAAAAAAGAAGAAGACCCCAAGGUUCACUGUUAAUCGUCUUUAUAUAGGACUUGAAGUUGAUGUGAAUUUUGUGCUUCGCUCAUGGUACUGCUGGGUUUUGGCGCUGAGUUUCGGUGCUGCUAGCUUGUUGGCUUGGAUGCGUUUUGAUCACCUGUGUUUUCUGUUUUUGGUUGUUUUGGACUGUGCACAUGUGUGUCGUUUAUGCAGGCUUUUGGAUUCCGCGUUCAGUAGCUACCUGCGUUUGGCUUGUUGGCGUGAAUGUUGUUUUGGAUUAAGUCGUUUUUUGUCGUAGCAGUUGUGUGUUGGCUUUUCAGUUUGUUAUUUUAUGCCGCAGUUUUACUUUCACUUGUGCGUCGUCGGCUUGUUGUUGUUGUUGUAAUUUGACUUUGAGCUGCGUUUGAAAUUGUAGCGUUUGGAUUCUAGCUUGCGCGUUUGCAGCUUCUGUUGGCUGCAAUUUGUGAUUGUGUACUGCGUUUGCACUGUGCCUUUUGCAACUUGCACCUUCACUAUCGUUUCUUCAUUUAGCUGCAUUUCUACUGGUAUAACUGGUACUUGCGCUUUGGAAUUGGCUUAGCAUAUGUACUGCACCGCCAUGCCCCUCACUUUGUACUUUUGUUCCAAUUGUUUUUUUUGUGUUAUGGAUAUAAUUGGACAUGGGUUCAAGCUGUAAGUUAAUUGGA